AUGUUCGACUUACCGACACCUAAUGGGACUCCUUCGCCAACGGGAGCUAAACCCAAGGAAACCUUGAUUUAUACAUUCGAUCCACAAGGGGACGUCACGCUGGUGCUGGACAACGCCCCCAAUGGCCUUCCUGCUCGCUUGGAUGAUCUGCGACUCAGCCCAGGCGGAUCGUCGUACUUCAGUUCUGGCACAACCUUCAAAAUACUCCGGAUUCAGGCCUCUUCCAAGCAUCUGGCUUUAGCGUGCCCUUAUUUUAGCCGGAUGCUUCGCAGCAAGUUCAGCGAGGGCGCGCAGCUUCAAUCCCAGGGUAAUGUUGAGAUUAACAUCCACGAGCCAAGGGUACCGUCCUUCGUACUCCUCAUGUGCAUUGUUCACUGCCGGAUGCAGCAUGUUCCAACCGUGGUACCGCUAUCAACACUGUCGGACAUGGCCGCUCUCGUCGACUACUAUGAAUGCUACGACGCCGUCGGUGUUUUUGCGGAUCUCUGGAUUCGCGCAUUGGAGAACCAACUCCCAACGGCCCCAGAGCUUACACGCCCAGCCUCUUACUACGACCGGUCUCGAAACGACCAAGAGAAUUCUAUUCGCAAUGCUCUAAACUGGGUCUUGAUAUCCUGGGUCUUUUAUAAGAAAGAUAUAUUUCAAAAAAUGACCCAAUAUCUUCAAGAUCACAGUGUAAGCCAGAUCAUAACUAAUGGCCUUCCAAUCCCAGCGGCAAUUAUAGGCAAAUUGAACAACAAGCGAACUACCUAUAUACAAAUGCUGAUUGACGAUCUGAACAAGUUACAUUCCAAGGUGGCAGAGGGCUGCAUUAAUAACUCCACCUACUACGACAGCUCUAGUAAACAGGAAUGUACGUACCUUGUCCUCGGAGCACUGACGAAACGGAUGAUGGAAAUGAAACUGGUACAAGCACCAGCACCGCAGAGUCCAUUUCUAGGGUUUGGGAUAAAUAAGAUGAAGACUCUCUUCCGUGACACAUUCAAAUCCCCAAACCGCAAUGGUUAUCAUGAACGCUGUCAACUAUCCUCUCGUAUUACUACCAUGCUUGAUGGCUACUCCGACCCACUUGGUUUUGAUAUUGACGACCCGGACUUCCCGAGGCAUCGCAAUACGUGA